UGAUGACUGCCGUUUUGUCGCGCUGCUAGCAGCUAAGGCUAACUACGGUCUGUAAAGGUCGAAAUUUGAAAUAAUAAUAAUACAAGGACAGGGAACAUGAGCUGGAAGCAGGAACGAGCAGAAUUGGCUGCAGCACCAGAAGAAAAAAACUCAGCGAGUGCUCGGCCUUCGGAUGUGGCAGAAAAAGGAGGAAAGACACGUGCUCCUCCACCAGUUCAAUCUCCCCAAUCACACGAGGUGAAGAAGGACGAAGAGGAGGACAGAGACCUCAAGGCUCCUUUGGACCUCCUAAUCAAAUUCCUCGCAGCUGUGACGGACAGAGACUUUGAGUCGGCCCACCAGCUGUGUCAGAUGAUUCUCAUCUACGAGCCAGACAAUCCCGAGGCCUCCGAGUUUCUCCCGCUGAUCCACAGGAAGCUGCUGGAGGGUGAGUCUCCCUACACCUGCACACACACACAAGCAAACUGCACUCCAUCAAAACACACCGACCGUCUUCCGUUUCCCCCAGAGCGAGAGGCCGAGCAGAGCUGCGAGGAAGAUGACGGGAAAAAGGAUGAUUGUGAUGAUGAUGAUGAUGACGACUCUGGAAGCUCAAGCCACUCUUCACCAUCUUCUGAUGAUGAUGAUGUUGUUGAAGAAGAAGAAAUGUGCAUGAACGGACACGAGCCAUGUCCUCCUUCUUAGAUUUUAGCCCUAAAUCUGUUGUACCACUGAGGCACUAUAUCAUCACACAUAUUGUGCUGUUUUUUUUAAAGGGCCAGUGUGUAACAUUUAGGUCAAAUCGAUAGAAUUACUAUCCAGCUGCGAGUAUCUGGGGGUUUCUUACAGACCAAGAGCUUUCAUUUAAACCUGAUCUAAAAAACUCAGAGAGAGAAACUUGGCUUCCAUUAUCAACUAGAUCUUACUUCUCCCUCAGGGCUCGAAAACUUCCUGUCAGGGCAACUUCUUUACCUUUGAUUGAUUGUGGCAAACGUCUCCAGCCUUGUGUUUGGCGUGGCCUCACACACCACCUGUGAACUUUAUCUCAGAUCUGUCUGGCUAUACGUGCAGUCUUGUUUCUACAGCAGCACAAAACAAAAAAUCAAAACCAACCAGCCAGAGCAUGCAUUUCACCUUUUGAGGUCGCAGUUUACUCUGCAUUCACAGAACAACAUCCUCUCUCUGAUAUGCAAGGACACUGGAGUUUCUUAGAUGCACUCGGGAAAGAGACGACUUAGCGGAGAAGUCGUGUGCCUGUGAUGGACUGGCGAUCUGUCUGGGGCGUACCCCGCCUUUCUCCGUAUGUCAGCUGAGCUGACCCUCACGUGAAGGAUAAGGUGGACGAAGAUGAGUGAGUGAAAUUAGGGAAGAGCCAAUCCGAUAUUCAAUAUCAAAAUCCAUAAUAAACCCUCUCUCUCUCUCCCUCUGAAGUAUGAGACGAACCACCACCGGCUCCUUCUGGAUUACGAUUGUUUUUUUUUUUGUGUAUAUGUGCACAUUAUGGCUUAAAC